AUGCGGCGAAAAAAAAACAGCAAAGGCGGUAACACGAGCAAUUUAAAAUCACAUCUGCGUUACAAACAUCCAAAUUUGUAUUCAGAAUAUUUGAAAAUUGAUGGAAAUAGUACAAUUACUACAUCUGAAGAAGCGCAAGAGUACAAUAUUGAUGAUCCUGUUUUAAUUAAUCUUCAAAGCAAUUUGGCGUCGGAUAGCAUUUUGAAACAAAGUAAACUAAAAGUAUAUCACCCACUUGUUAAAAAACAGUUGAAAAAUAUAAGCAUGCCAUUGCCGUUUGGAUGUGUGCAGACAUGCAACCGUAUAAUUCGUUUUGAACCUCCUAGCCGAAAAUAUUAUUCUGACCAUAAAAUUCCUCAAUUAUACGAAAACGUAAAAAAUUGCAUUAAGGAAAAAUUAAAAGGUGUAUCGUAUCUUGUCCUCACAACUGAUUGUUGGACAUCAGGAAAUGGUCAUCCAUUUAUUGGAUUAACAGCCCAUAUUAUAAAUGAGGAAUGGGAAUUCGAAAGUUUUUGCUUGGCAUGCACUUCUUUGAAUAUCGACCACAAUAGUUUUAAUAUUAAAAAUAGUAUCAAGCAAAUAUUACAUAAUGACUGGGAUAUUGACGAAUCUAAGAUCGCGGGUAUCACCACAGAUUGUGGAUCAAAUAUUUUAAAAGCUGUUGAACUAAUGUCAUUUAACCAUGUUCCUUGCUUUGGACAUGUUUUAAAUACUGGUGUUACAAAUGCAUUUUCCUUACAACCUGUUAAAUAUUGUACUGAAAAUGCAGUAAAAGUAAGAUCUGUUUUCCACUACAGUUCCAAAAUGAAACGUGCAUUAUUAAAUGAACAGACAAAUUUAGAUCUUUCUCCUCUAGUUCCACCGUCUUCGUCUGACACUCAGAAUAAAGCGUUGAAAAAAAUUUUAAUAUGCACUAAACACCAACAAAUUUUACCCACUUUUAACCAGUUGAAGUUAAUUGAACGUAUAUUACAUAUGAUGGAUCCUUUAAAACAGUUGGGCGAAGCUUUAGCAUCAGAAACUAAGGUUAACAUUUCAGGAUUAUGGCCAGUAUACGAUGCUAAUUUAGAAACGGAUAGUGUUCAACUAUUUGACAACACUGAAGACAUUAAUUUUGAUAAAAAUAUAUUGCUAGAAGAAUCUUCUACUUUUUUUUCUCAAAUAAAUUAUAAUACCGAAGAAGAUGGUGAUACAGAUGAAACUUUAAAUAUAGAACUAUCGCAAGCACUCAAUCACGUAGAACUCUUAAUAACAGAUACUAUAUUUGAAAAAUUAUCUAAAUACUAA